AUGGCCGCUGCAAGCUAUGCAGGUACCUCGAACCUGUUUGCAGUUUACAAUGCUGGUGACGUCGAGAAGAGUGAGCGAAUCGAGGUGACGCAGUCAAUUUUGAGGGGAUCGGUACAACAAGCUGCCCACAACCAAAGUAGUGUUACUACGAAUGAGAGUCGGAACGCCCCUGACGAUAGGACAGACAGAGGCGAACAGCUGGACGUGCCCGGGAUCGCUAUUACUCAGGCAAUCCAAGAGCCAGAUGGACGGAACCGCAAGACAGUGCAGGCGCAAGGCUCUCUGAGCGGAGUAUCCAUCUACGGGAAGUUCAUUGAGCAGCCUGUCGCAAGGGUUCUGAAGCCGUCCUUCUUUGCAAGUGCCAAUAAUUUCGGUUCAGUCUGGGGUCUAAAAGCUGACUGCAUGUGUCAGGCUUCGAUAGGGUUCUCCAUCCCGGCCACACGCAUGUUCACCGGCGCAGUGAUCUGGCGAGGUAUCAUCUUUACGAUUUUGAUGCUCAUUGGGAAGCUUGUGACAGGCAUAUGGCUCAUCCGCAUUGCUGCUCCCUCUGGCACUAUGAUCGCAAAAAUCAAAGCGUUCCUGAGCCAUUUGAAUGGACCACAAUGGAGCUGCUUGGGAUUGGCAAAAUCUGCAAAGUGCUCCAAGUCAGAGGCAAGGAACACAGCCAACGACCCAGGAUCGAAACCUAUGCCCGAUGUUCGCAUCGCUCUCGCCACGGAUAGCGGACAAGGCCCCAGACAGUCCAGCGACAGACCCUCGCAAAGCGCCUCUAUACCACAACUCGGCUCUGUAAUCCCUAUAUCUCCAAAAGCGACCAUUUCGACGACAAAGCCGCGCUCCCUCUAUCCCGGUUCUAUCGUCGGAACAGCAAUGAUGGCCAGAGGAGAGAUCGGAUUCCUCAUCGCAGCUUUGGCAGAGAGUACAGGGAUCUUUGCCUCUCAUGAUGACUCAGCAGCUCGAGAAGACAGUGGCUCCACAAUCUAUCUUGUAGUGAUAUGGGCAGUUGUCCUCUGUACUAUCAUCGGUCCAGUUAUCGGUAGGCUUAUUAGUCAGAAGAGUCAUGAAGCUGCAACGGCAACGGCAACGGCGAGAGCAUGGUGGCGGUGA